AAUCGGCCAUAUUCCGCCGAUCUGUCUCAACCCAGUCGCCGCUCCGUAGCCGCGAGCCCACCGUAGCUUCAUUUCAGAGGGGAUGGUCUUCCAUUUACAACGAUACAAUUGAACAAAGUGAAUCGGGGGCAAGACAGGUGAUUUUAUCCAGAAACCCUGACAGAAAUCGGGCCGAGAUGACGACGCGAUCGGAGAGGGAAAAGGCUCAGAAACUGAACGAGCAGCAUCAGGCCAUUCUGUCCAAAAUGCUGAGAGAGGAUGAUAACAAAUACUGCGCCGACUGCGAAGCCAAAGGACCUCGAUGGGCCUCGUGGAAUCUUGGUGUGUUUAUUUGUAUCCGCUGUGCUGGAAUACACCGAAACCUGGGAGUGCAUAUAUCACGUGUUAAAUCCGUCAACCUGGACCAAUGGACCCCCGAGCAGAUUCAAAGCGUGCAGAGCAUGGGCAACACCAAGGCAAGACAGCUGUAUGAAGCUCAUCUCCCAGAAAACUUCAGACGGCCGCAAACUGACCAAGCCGUGGAGUUCUUCAUCAGGGACAAGUAUGAGAGGAAGAAGUACUACGAUAAAAAUACUGUCAAUGGAGCAAUUAAGUCCUCUGAUGCUGCUUUGCCCUCAGUAUCAUCCCCUUCUUCGCAAGCAGCUGAGAAAAGCAAACUGGAGAAGGAGAGAGAGAGGAAAAAGGAGGAGAAGAAGAGGGAAAAAGACACAGAUAAAGGGAACAAGCCAGCAGUUUUUGAGAAGAAAAGAGAGGACAACCAGACAGAUUCCAGAAUCAGUCCUAAGAAGAGUGCGGAGCCCGCCAUCGACCUGUUAGGCCUUGAUGCACCCACAGCCAGCUCUGCCAGCAGUGGGGCGGGAACAAGCAGUGCAGCUCCAAUCAGUGAUGACUUAGACAUAUUUGGACCAAUGGUAUCCAACCCUCUGCCCUCAAACACCAACACAAACCAGGUCAGUUCCAGUAAGGCAGCUGGGAGUGCUCAGGCCAACUCCGCUGGAGGGGCUGUGGCAGGUGCUACGGGCACAGGAGGUGUUGCUCCAGCACAGGGUGAUCUGGACCUGUUCAGCGAAACCAGCGGGAGCAGCAAAGCAGAGGACUCGGCCAAGAAACCUCUCUCCAAGGACUCUAUUCUCUCCUUGUAUGGCUCCAGCACCGUCCCACAACAGCCUGCACGAGCGACUGCGAUGUUCAUGGGCCCGUCUCAGAUGCAGUUCCCUGCGCAGCCACAGGGGAACUUCCAGGCCUUCCCCGGGAUGGGAGGAGCCAUGCCCCCCACUACCAUGAUGGGGGCCGUCAUGGGACAGGGUGGUGCUAUGAUGGGCCAGAAUACAGGCAUGAUGGUUGGCAUGACUAUGCCUAACGGUUUCAUGGGAAACGCACAGCCAGGAGUGAUGGGCUUGGCCCCAGGCAUGAUGGGACCUCAGGGCAUGGUGCCCCCUCAAAACAUGUAUGCCAUGCAGCCAGGUCAACAAGGACAGUGGAAUAUGGCACAGAUUAACCAACAGAUGUCUGGAAUGAACCUGAACGCUUCUGGUGCUCCAGUGGCAUUUGGGCCACCUGGUGCCCCCAUGGGCGGCUGGGUGGCACCCCCCUCCGGUCAGACCCUCAGCACCCAGCUCUGGAAGUAAAUGAAUGAGGGAAGAUGGGGGACAAGGGGCACCACAUCCCUCCAUCUCUCCUCUCCUCCUCCACCACCACUUGCACCCAGAGUUUUAUUCAUGUACUGUAAUUUUUUCCCCCUUUCUCUUUCCAACCAUUACUACUCUGGAGAGCAUCGAUUCAACCUGCCCUGUGUAUUGAUCAAGUGAGCGAGAGUAUGAAGUGUAAGAGACUGGCAGCUUUGACCGUCUUAUUUGCAAUUAUUUUUUUCUU